AUGUCAGAGAUGAAGGAUGGUGAAAAUAGGAAAAGAGGUGGAGCCAUAAAUCGGAAGCAAGAGAACAAAAGCGGCCGGUGGAGAGCGAGUGUGCAAUCCCCUUCUGGAAAAAAUGUCGAUUUCCGAACAGACGCUGAAGGGUUCGUAAUUAGUGCGGUGCUGUUAGAUAAGAAAAUUGCAGUUCCUGAUGCAAAUAACUGUGAUGACAGUGAAGUGGUCUUUAAUAAUGGGAAAUGGAGCUCCUAUACUCCCCAACAACUGAAGAGGCCCAAAACUACAAAGCUAUCAUGUACGAAAACGUUGAUAAGUGACGGUUCUUUAACAUCAUCUUGCAAGGAGUUGUACAGCGGCACUAAAGGAAAAGGCAAAGGUUGCCGAGGUGUGACGAUGAAUAAUACCAUGCCGACGAAAUACAAUAGGCGUAGUACGUCUUUACGUGGACAAUGGACCAAGGAACAGUUACUGCUAGCCAUUGCUGCUGUGAAUAAUAACUCCAUGGGUGUAAAUGAAGCUGCAAGACAUUUUAAUGUUCCAGCAACCACUUUAAGAAGACGAAAGAAAUCUGGUAAUCUGGUAGUGGGACCUCAGGGGCCGUCAGCAUGUCUAGGCAUACAAAAUGAAAAUAAGAUUGUGACACACAUAAAAAAGCUACAAGCACAUGGGUUUGCUCCUACUCGAGAAGACGUCCGUGUUAUGGCCUUUAAGUUGGCUGAACAGUUGCAAAUAAAGCACCGCUUCAAUCAUGAAUCUGGAAAAGCAGGGUAUGACUGGUUACAUUCAUUCUUAUCGCGUCAUCCGGGUUUGUCAGUUCGAAAGUCCGAAGGAGUGUCUCUUGCGCGCGCUCAAGGAAUGAGACGCAAAGAGGUUGCUGACUACUUUAAGCUUUUGGAAAGAGUCCUUGCAGAAAAUCAACUCUUUGAAAAGCAUAGCCACAUCUUCAACGUGGACGAGACUGGAAUGCAAUUGAAUAACAAACCCGGAUUCGUUGUUGCUGCCAAAGGUUCUAAGAAUGUAGCUAGCAUCACCGCUGCGGAAAAGGGAGAGACCAUUACUGUUAUUUCAUGUUUUAGUGCGGAAGGUGUAUAUAUUCCCCCUACCUGCAUUAUGAAGGGCAAAAAUAAGAAAGCUGAGUAUGAAGACGGUCUGCCACCGGGGUCAAAAGUCUACAUGAAUGAAAAAUCCGCCUACAUCAAUAGUGCUCUCUUUUACCUUUGGCUAAAAGAACAAUUCCUACCAAGGAAACCAGUUGGGACGGUUAUUCUUUUGCUGGAUGGACAUGGAUCACAUUGUAACAACAUUGAAAUGCUCGAGUUUGCCAGCAGUAACAAUAUCAUCCUUGUAUGCCUACCCAGUCAUACGACACAAUUUCUGCAACCGUUGGAUAGGGGGUUUUUUAAGUCAUUAAAAAUGAACUAUUACAGAGCGUGCAAUCUUUAUAUAAAAAAUAACCCUACAAGAAGGUUGACACGGCUUCAGUUUGGAGAACUUCUUGCGUCGGCGUGGGUCAAGUCUGCCACAGUAAGUAAUGCUGUGGCAGCCUUUAAGGCAACAGGUAUCGUACCAUUUAAUCCUGAAGCAAUUCCGGAUGAAGCAUUUUUGUCGGAGACCACAGAUGUUCAGGAUAAUGUUAAUAAUUGCAAUAAUAACGAACAAGAGAUAACAACUCAAGCAAGUAUUCUGGAUCACCCUCAACCAGGAUGUUCAAAGGACAGUCUUCCCCCACCAGAAAGCCCUCCUAAAAAUAACCUGACGCCUGGCAAAAUGUUAAAUAAUAUUUCUCCCAUACCGUGUACUAGUACACCUGUUCAGCAAGUUAGAAAACGCAGCAAACAAGUGGCGUCAAUACUCAACUCCGCUGAAAAAUCAGAAGCGGAUGUGUCUUUACAUGAUUCUUCUUCAGAAGGCUCAGAAGAUGAGUGCUGUAGAGGUUGUAAUGAGGCAUAUGCCACAACAAAAAAGCCUGAUGAUUGGCUAAAAUGUAUCCGAUGUUUGUCUUGGUACCACGAAACAUGUUCACGUUAUAGUGAGUUAUGCAACGGGUGUGCAAAAGCAGUUUUGAAUAACGAAUUCAAUGCCAAGAAGUGUCUCUAA